AUGCCUCUAACUCGGGCACAAUCUCGCACCGCAGUGCAAUGCAGAGAAUUGAAGCCGAUCUCAGGGGUACCGGAAUCGGACCGAGCCACGCCAAGGAAGCGCAAGGCACAAGAAGAGGAGGAAGUAUAUGGAAAAGGGAGAAAACAGAAACACCGGCCGCCUUCAGAGAGUACUUCGAUUCCCCGAAGCGGUAUUGCUAGAAAGAAGUCAGCAAAGGAACAGGCCAAGGCUCUGGAUGCGGAAAUGAUCAAACACAGAGCCAGGACUAAUUCUACGCCUAUGAUCCAGAAGAUCGACAAACUGAUGGCGGAAUAUGGAGAUCUUCCUCUCACUGACGUGGGAAUACCCUCGCCGAACAAACCCACGCCAGACACUAUUCUGUCUCAUAUCCUGAAUGCACUCUUGUCUUGUGCACAUAUCUCACACCAUAUCGCGAGGCGUGCUCUUCUCAAUCUGAUGAAGCAGGGUUACUAUGACCUGAAGACGUUGAAAGCAAGCACAUGGAAAGAACGAGUAGCCCUAUUGGAUGAAGCAGGAUAUGCUCGUUAUGAUUUUAGCACUGCCACUGAGCUCGGAAAACUAGCAACUUUGGUGAAAAAUAAAUAUGGUAAUGUGCCCUUGAGGAUGCUCAUAGCCCUCAAUUCCCAGCAUACUUUAUUCGCGCUUCUCGGCUGGACCUUGCAAGGGGUACUGACAUUCAUUUGCAUAUCAGGAUCGGACAUAUCAAGGAUAUUGCCUCUGGAAACGGAUGCUGAGUCAGGGCGUAAGCUGCUCAAAGAGCGUCUGAAGGAGAUCAAGGGAAUUGGUCCCCUUGGUAUCGAAAUCUUCAUCUCAACCGUGCAAGGGCUUUGGCCGUCGCUUUGCCCGUUUCUUGGUAGUCGCGAUUUACAGGUAGCUGAGCAAAUAGGUUUGGGCAAAGACGCGAAUACAAUCUAUGAGUUGCUGGAUGGGAACCCUGAGCAGAUGGCAAAAAUGAGCGUUGCGCUUACAAAAAUCAGGUUGGAGAAACACAUCAAGGAAUUCUUAGAGUGA